GAGCUGGGUCAAUGCAGUGUGUGUGUGCAGCAGGGUGGGUCAGCAUAGAGGAGCACAUGUGUUCUCCUGCCUUCAGCCCCCCUUUUCCUUCACUUGCUAGCACUCUUAAACUCUGGAAAUACAUUCAAUGGGACUCACAGCUUCACUGCCCAACAUAACCAAAAAGGACCAUGCCCACCUUAUUACCAGUACCACAGCCGGCCUACUCCCAGGCCAGGGAGAACCUGGUGAAGGCUAUCCCACCCAAGCUCCUCUGUCUGCUGGCCUGUGGAGGAAUUGACUGCCGUUAUGAAGGACCAGAGUGUUGGAAACCAAAUCAACAGGUCGUACGGGGCCUUUUCUCCUCCUGGGUGACAAAUGACAUUAUUGCCAUGGCUCGACCAUCCAAUCAUCUAAUUGAGAAGUACAACAUCAUAGAACAAUUUCGAAGGUUGAACAUCAGAUCGAUCAUCAACAUGCAGCUCCCUGGAGAGCAUGCUCACUGUGGACCUCCCCUAGACCCUAAAAGUGGUUUCACAUAUUCUCCACAGAUCUUCAUGGACAAUGACAUUUACUUUUACAACUUUGGGAUGCCAGAUUUCGGUGUAUCCUCUCUCGUCGGUAUAAUUGAUGGGGUAAAAGUUUUGGCCUUUGCAGUGAGUGAAGGAAGAGUGGCUGUGCACUGCCAUGCAGGCCUGGGCAGGACAGGAGUACUGAUAGCCUGUUACUUGAUUUACACCCUCCGCAUCAGCCCGAGUGAAGCCAUUCACUAUGUACGGAUUAAACGGCCACGAUCGAUCCAAACCCGAGCACAGCUCAGUCAGGUGUUUGACUUUGCUCGCCUGCUUGGCACACAGCUAGUCCAAUACCCAGACCUCAGCCUGCGGCACGGAGACCCUUUUACGCUACAGCACUACCUAAACCGACAGGCAAUACUGCUGCAUGGCCAAGAGGCACGCACCCUCCGACAAACACCCAAGGUGGUAUACCUCUUGUGUGUGCGUCUCUCCUGCUUAGCCCUGGGUCUCCCUGCUCCUCCAGGGAUCCAGGCUGAGCUGGAGAAGAGGUCAGCACUGAGGACCCUGAACAGGAUUGUGAGGGAGACCCUGGUCGCCAAACAGUACUUGCCCUUACUGAGAGAGGGUCACAAGGGGCCAUGGGUGAGCUCAGGGUCUGUGUCCUCCUGGGAUGAGCCACUGGGAUUCUUGGAAAGGAAGAGAGAGGUGUUGCUGGACAAACGCAGCUACAGCGACUCUGACCUCAGCAAGAUUGCAGUACAUCAGGAUCUGGACUUGAGUCCAUACGGCACCCCAGCACUUAGAAAUGAAAGACAGUGGUGUGUACAAGAUCUGAUAGGACCUGAUCUGAGACCAGGUAGUCCAAUUCUUGCCACCGUACCACCAGGCCACCAGACUACCAAAAAGGAAUAUCUUACACUUAACAUCCCAAUAUCUAGCCUGACAACAAGCAACAACUGUGAGAGAUCGAAGUGCUCAGCAAAAAAGGCACUUGCCAAAUACAGCUCCAAUAUUGAGUUGUGCAAAAAAUCACAUUACCCAGGCCCAACCUCAAUCGCCCGUGCUGUUGCUAAUGCAAUGGCAGAUUUUGGUCCUCCAGGGGAAACCAUCCUUCAACGAUCGGCUCUGCUACAGGAGGAACUGAACAGUAGUGACUGUGGCUGGGCUCUGCUGGUCACGGAGUCAGAUCCUCAGGUUCUCAGUUGUCUGUUGUGGACCUGGCUGGACAAGUUAAAGGAGCCUGUUCUCGGUGCAGAAGAUAUACACAUGUUGAGCUGUGGCGCAAACAACAGGAAGCCUCUCACUGUGCUCAAGAAGCCACAGAGACACACUAUCUAUUGUCUACUGAGCUGUGUGAGCACAGUGACCAGCAUGUGUCCACACAGAGAGGAUGCAAUGCUGCAACAACUGAUGAAGGUACUUACAAGGCGUCCACAGGAGGAAAUGAGAAGCCUUGCAACUUUAAUGAAGGUCCUGAAGUCGAGUUUGAGAGAAACCUUCCACAACUAAAUCUACCUCCCGAGGGGCUGAGUCCACCAAGAGCAGAGUCCACAUUGAAACAAUUUCUAACGGAGCAUUUUCUUUUUUUUAGGAGGUGGUUUUUAUCCUCUGCACCUGAUAGUGGGCACAACCCAAUAAGCCCUUCUUACAGACGACAUUUUGACAUGUCAAGUUAGGAAACACAGGUGUACAUGAUACAUAAAAUAUAUUAUGACCAUUUAGCUGCUUUAGAUUCAGGAUCCUGGUACUGUCACAUUUCUGGGAUACUUGAGGAGAACAGAGCAAGGAUAAAUAUUAUUAGUAACACCUUUGUGCUUCUGUGUUUUCCCUACUAUGACCGCUUAAGAUGUCUGCUGUGAAAAAAGAAGAUUAGGAAGGUUCCUAAAUCUUUUUGUAGCCCUGAGAUUUGGCUUCUGGAGUCCCUCGAUCUUACUGAUACUGACAUUGUCCUUUUAUCAAAAUAUAAACCAAAAGUACACAAUUGCAGUUAAAUCAACACCAACUGUCUCUAUAUUUUCCUUAGAUAUCAGCCUGGCCCAGCC